UCUUUUCGAAGUUCCAAAUCUGGAAUAUAAGGGCCGGCUAAGCGUCCUUUAUUCCUCCCCGCAGACUUUCGUUUAUCUAGCUGCCCUAGAGACCAGAAAGCUAGGGGAGAGUACGCCCCUUCCCCCCUCCCCGUCCAGCAGCCGAGACUGGCUUAAAAACCUUCGCCACCGGGCGGCGGAAUUACAAAGGAGGCCGCCUGCCUCCUUUGUCCUGGAUUUGGGAGUUCAGCGCCUUCGUCGCCAUUGGCUUUCCUCCCCCAGCUCCAGCCUCUCUCAUCUUGGGAAUCUGCGUCAGAAGUCACUCGCAGUCCCGCCAGCCCAGGUAGCCCAGCCGAGACUGCGGAGGAAGGGAGGCCGCGGUGGGAGACCAGGACCAUCCGGCGCCAUUUCCAUCGGGAGCGCGCCCGACGGCCCAGAUCCUCCCCCAACCCAAGUGCCCAGCCUUUCCCUGGUCGCUUCCUUCCCCACCCUCAUCCCUUCCACGGCGCUUCAACCAACCCCCCAUCUUCUGAAUCAGUUUUUGGAAGCUGAAGGGCAAAAAGUAGCAAGAGAGGAGAAGGGCGGGAAGCCGAGGUGGCCGCGCUACCGUACCCAAAAUGGCGGAGGCCAAACCAGAAGGGAAAAGAGGGGAAGUGCUGGAUACUCCCACUUCGGGCCUCGGCUUCGUCCUCUGAAUUCCACCUGAGGGGUGCUUCCAAGUAUUACAAAAAGUAUACUUUACGAGAAAGGCAAACUGCCACAUGCAGCGCCUCCUUUGGAUGUGUCUGGAGUCUUGGAAACUUGACUACCCUACGUACUCCUACAAAUGGACCUUGAGAGCUUGUUUGGCGGUUCUAGCAGGGGAACGCAGCUACUCGUAUACCCUUUGAGUAUUCACAUUUUCAAAGAACUGGCAUUUAUUAAUGAGUAGCCAUGUUUUGAGGCAGUAGUCAUAAGCAAAAGUUAAGUGGGUUAUUUUAUACUAAUGGCUACAGAAUAACAGGAAUCAACUUUCUGUUGUCUGUAGCCACAGGAGACUGUAAACAAACUAAGACUGUUACAGAGGGACAAAUAAGCAUCUGUAUUCCCAGACACACCCAUGCUCAGUUUUAAUGACUAAGCUAUUUAAACAAGGGAGGUUUAUGAUUUCCCUACAUUUACAUGGUAAAUGGAAAUAAGGUUAGAAUUCAGAGAAGUGUCUAGGUGUUCUCAAAAACUAACCUGAUGGACCUCUGGGGAAGGUUGGUGGGACAGGGAAUUGCCAAAUGGGAUUUUAGAUUUUAUUGUACUCUUAUUGUUUAUAAAAAGAUUAUAUUCAGCCUGGCUUCUGUGACCUAGAGUGGGAGAAAGUCCUGCUGGUGGGCAACAGUGUCAGGCAUCCCCAGGCGGCUCUGGCCUGGUGGUCCAUUAAAAAAAAAAUUAUGUUCAUAUACUAAUCUGAUGAUUAAAAACUAACCUUAAAAAGAGAUAUGAAUAGUUGAGAAAUCAUAUAAAUUUAGAUUUAUGAGCUUGUACGCCCUCUGGGGUUAACUGAUUUAAACAGCAUACUUGCUUGGCAUUAUUGAGGGGCAUAUAAAGCCACUAUAGGGGUCAAGAUGGUAUGUGAAACUAGAGAGAGAGAAUUUAAAUUACUUGUUUCCUUUGUAAAACACCCUGCGGGAUAGCUGCAGAGCCCUGCCUGAGAGCUGCACCUCAGGAGCAGCCAUUAGAUUGACCAGGAUGCCAAAAUGUGUGCAAGCCCACUUACUGGGUAUAGAAAGGCAAGUUCUUCAAACUUUACCUGCCUCAAAUUUUCUCUCAGCAAUUCAGGCGGGGGAGAUUAAGGCUGCCUUUUCCUUAUAGAAAUAAAAAUUAGUUUUAAGGACAGAGAAAGAGAAAAAAAGAUCUUCAAAAAUAAAUUCUAGGUUAAAUCCUCAGGGUAGAGAAGUAUGGCUCAUUUAUGAGCCUCUCCCCUCUUCCUGGGUGCCUAGCAUUGGAGUCUGCCUGACACACAGUAGCUGUUGAACUGAACUUUAGAUUUCCCAGCCCACAAAGAUGAAGACCAAAUCAUGAACACUGGCUCCAGCAAGUCUUUAUAUAGCCUUAUCCCCACCCUCUCCUAUCCUCUUCCCCCAUCUAUUUCCAUAUCCAGUUGUUUGCCCUGGAAUUAAUCUGCCCAAGAUGCCUGUUCCCACCUUCUGGAACUGUCAGAUAAUUUCGUGUGUGUUUUUGUACCCAUUCAAAUGUCACCUCUCUGGUGCUCCUUCUCACUAUCUCCUGGGCAGUUAUUUCUCUCUCAUUGUGUUCCUUAGCAUUUUAUCUACUAUUUUUUUCUUUCAUAUUGUAUAAUUUUUACAUCAGUCUCCUCACUGGCUGAGAAUUUCUUGACAGCUAGUGAAUUGUUCAUCACUUUAUCCCCCAAAAUCUAGCAUGUGCCUGGGAUUGAGGAAAUAACACAGUAGUUUUUGAAAAUUAAAUUCUUAAUAUGUUAAUGUGAACCCUACCUUAAGCAUAAUCUGUCACCAUAGAAUACAAACAGGGAUAGUAAUUGAUUAAGUGAGUAAAAAAUACUUCCCUUUUCUACCUUUUGACCAAGAAUAAAAAUAAAAAUGAUAAAAUACACUUUAGAUAUUUUGUAUAUAUUUAUGGUGUUAGAAACUUCAUCCUCUUUUUGUAGUGAUUCUCUAAGUGCAGCAUCAGCAUCACCUGGGAAUUUGCUAGGAAUGUAAAUUUUUGGGCCCCACCUCAGACUUAUGAAAUCAGAAAUUCUGGGCAUGGAGUAAAGCAAUCCGUGUGUUAACAAGUCCCCACAGGUGAUUCUGAUGCAUGCUAAAAUCUGAGAACCACUGUUGUAGAACAAAAAUGCUUAAGAAACUUCCACACUUGACAAAGAACUCUUUUUACUUAAUCAGAAAUAAAUCUUGUUUUGUUUUCAUACAUAAGAUAAUACAGUUAUUUAGUCUUUCUUGUACCUGGGUCCUUUGUAUUAAAAGUUCUAACUAAGAAAUUAUUAAACUCUGAGUUUUCAUUUCAAAAAUAGUCUGAAGUUUUUUAAUGCUGAAGACAAAAUUUCUCUUAUGCAGUGAUAGUUUACAAUUUCAUAGAACUAAGAUUUUAGUUCCUUAAGUAAGAGCGCCUCAAAUUCUGGUCCGAAGGCAUAACGUUAAGAAUGUGGACUCUGGAGUUAGACUAUUUGGGGUCAAAUUUGGGCCUUGCCUACGUGUGUGACCUUGGGCAAUUACUUAAAAUUUCUGAGCCUCUGUUUAUUCAUCUGUAAAAUGGAGAUGGAAAUUAUAAUAAGUAUCUAUUUCGUGCAGGUGCUUUGAGGAUGAAUUGUUCACAGAACAAUGUCUAACACGUAAUAAGUGCUCACAGAAUUGAGGCAGACUGCUGGCAUUUUGAGAGCUUGCAAGGAAAAUGAAGCUCCCUAUUUUCAUAGCAGAUGCAUUCACGGCAAAAGCCUUUCGUGGGAAUCCUGCUGCUGUUUGCCUCCUAGAAAAUAAAUUGGAUGAAGACAUGCAUCAAAAAAUUGCAAGGGAAAUGAACCUUUCUGAAACUGCUUUCAUCCGAAAACUACACCCAACUGACAACUUUACACAAAGUUCCUGCUUUGGAUUAAGGUGGUUUACACCAGCGAGUGAGGUUCCUCUCUGUGGCCAUGCUACCCUGGCUUCUGCAGCUGUGCUCUUUCACAAAAUGAAAAACGCGAAUAGCACUAUAACCUUUGUCACUCUGAGUGGGGAACUAAAGGCCAGAAGAGCAGAGGAUGGUAUCGUCUUGGACCUGCCUCUUUAUCCAGCUCAUCCCCAGGACUUCCUUGAAGUGGAGGACUUGAUAAAGACUGCCAUAGGUGACACCUUGGUUCAGGACAUCCGCUAUUCUCCAGAUACCCGGAAGCUCCUUGUCCGGCUCAGUGAUACUUAUAACAGGUCAUUUCUGGAGAGCCUGAAAGUGAACACACAGAAUCUGCCGCAAGUGGAAAACACAGGGAAGGUGAAAGGACUCAUUCUCACCCUCAAGGGAGAGCAUGGUGGGCAGACCCAAGAGUUUGACUUUUACUCCAGAUACUUCGCGCCGUGGGUUGGUGUGGCUGAAGACCCCGUAACAGGGUCUGCACACACUGUUCUCAGCAGCUACUGGUCCCAGCAGCUGGGGAAGAAAGACAUGCACGCCUUUCAGUGUUCCCACCGAGGAGGAGAACUGAAGAUUUCACUGCGUCCUGAUGGACGAGUUGACAUUGAGGGGGGUGCUGCUCUUGUGUUGGAAGGCACGCUGACAGCCUAGAGAUGCUUGUGCUGAGAUGCCUCUGUCUUGAAUCACUAAGUAUUUUCUGCAUGAAAGGAAAUGUUAGGGGCUGCCUUGAGCAAGCCUACAAGAUAGUCCACUUAAUCCUCCUGUUAGAAAUAGAACAAUGAAGAUUUAUUCAUGGAUAUUUAAUAGUGCUUCCUGACUAAUUAACUAAUGGAGUUCUGGCUCUACCUGUGAGUGUAUUGGAAAUGUAAGUAACCAGUAACAAAGAAUAACAUUGUCAUCUCUGAUUAUGACUACCAGGCACAGAGUGAGGAACAAAUUUAUGAGGAGUAAGAUCAAGCCAUUUAAAACUUAGGUAUAAGUACCUGAUAGAAUAUUUUGCACCAUUAAAAAGACCCAAUAACUGUGGAAAUGUACAAAGAACUUUCAUGAUAUAAUACUAAGAAAGAAAAUUACAGUAGACUAUAAAAUGUUAGCAAUGUUAUGCUAUGUCUAUGGAGAAUACAAAUUUACAAGGACAAGGAUGGAUCAUGAAGAUAGAAAAGUGAGAAGUUUUUAUGUGGGGGUUAAGAUUGGGAGUAAUUUUAAUGUAUCUUAAAUUAUUUCCUUUAUUGGAACACAUUCAUGUUCAAUAACUAAAAAUCAGGAUAUAUAACUAAAUGACUAAAAAGCCCAGAAAUUUUUUUAAAAAGGUGUGUGACUUUCAGUGGUAAAAUUAAACACAUAUCUUUAUCUUGAUAUAUAGCUUUAGGGCUAUAACUUGAAAGGGAUUCUUCUCUUACCUUAGUAAAAUGGGUUUUAACAUAACAUUAAAUUCAAUUAAAUCUAUAAUAUUGAAUACUCAUAGUUGAUCUUGGGAUGGGGACUUUUCCAAGUCAUUAAGAGUGUUUAAAGUGAUCUCACUGAUGGCAAUUCUCAGCCAUCUCAAAAAACUGCAAGCUAAUCAGUUAGAAAUUCCUGUAAUGUCCUAAUUUUUUUUCACCUUCAUGCUACCAUGUGUUCUGUUUUUAUUUAGUUUUGCUAAGGCAUAUGAGAGUUAACUUACUAUAGCAGUAAUCUUGUGUUUCUCCUAGUUUGCAAGGAAGUAAUUCACCAUCUUUGUGCUUUACCUUAAUGAGUAACCAGGACCUGCCACACACCUCGCAGCUCAUCACAACUCAGGAGGGUUACUACACCAGGGUGAGACUCACUUGAGGGUUUUCACAAAGUGUAAGAUUUUCCCAACCUGGAACUGAAUUGUAUGAAUGAUUUUAUACAAAUGCAUAGUUGAAAGGUUCUGAAUUUUUAUCUCUCAAAUGUAUGCUAAAUUCUUAACAGAUAUUUUUGGAGGAAGCAAGUCCCUGAGAUGAUUCUGAAUUCUUCUGUGCAUGAAAGUUGCCAUAUGAAGCAUCUGAAUUUUCAUCCUAUUUUCAGACCCUAUGUUCACUUUUUUUUUAAAUCUUGGGCAGUGGUAUCAUUUAUUAUAAUACUUUUUUGUUUUUUUGGUUCUUGAUUGAAGUAUAGUCAGUUACAGUGUGUCAGUUUCUGGUGUAUAGCACAAUGUCCCAGUCAAGCAUAUACAUGCAUAUAUUCGUUUUCAUAUUCUUUGUUCACUUUUGUAAGUGACUUUAAAAAAAUUAUCCAUUUAGCAAUGGACAGUUGAGUCAGAAUAGUCAGGGCAACUGAUUAUAUUUACUGUGUUUGCUCGGUCAGCCUGCUGAAGAUUGAUCUAGUGGCCAUGGUGGGCACAGUGCUCCAGAAGUGACAGUCAGGGAAGCAGGAGUGGGGGUAGGACAGGCAUACCCGACGAGAUAAAUAAGAAGAAAUGAAAUGACAUCUUUGGGUAGCAGGAAAAAGAGCCUCUAGAAUUAGCAUGCUGUAUAGAGUGAGUUUUCUGCUGAUAUGAGUAGGGCAGGUUUGAGGGUGCUUUAAAAACUCUAAUUCCAGCUAGAUUUUCCACUGCCUCUUCUGCUUCUGCCCACCUCUUGCCCACCUGAUCUUACUAAAGUGGACAUAGGGGGAUGUCAAGGGGGGAUUAUUAGAGGUGUAUCCCAACACUCAAAUAUAGUGUUGCUGUUGAUUGAAAAAAGUGCUCCUAGCUAACAUCAGCAUCCCCUGGUGUAUUGAGUUAGACUGGGUUAUGCUAAUGUUUGACAUAUCCACAAAAUCACAGUGGCUUAAUAUAACAAGCUUUUAUUUGUACUUGUACUAGUUGUCUCAUACCAGUCAGGAGGAGGGUCUCUGUUCCUCAUGAUCAUGUAGGCGCCCAAGCUGAUUUUGUGUUGUGCCAUCUCAACAUGUGGCCUCCAUGGUUACUGUGGCAGGAAGAAAGAGUGUGUGGAAAUUUCACUAUGUUUUGUCUCAGAAGUUAUAGGUGUCAGUUCUACUCACAGCUGGAACUGGUCAUAUAACCUCACUUAAUAGCAAGGGAGCUGAGAAAUAUGGAGGAGCUCAUGGAUAUAUUCUGUAUACUGUAAAUAUUGCUGCCACACCUGGGGAAGAUUUUUAGGCUCCUCAGAUGGUUCCCCCUAGGAUAGUAUCGCUUGUGUAAAUUCAUCACAGUCCAGGGGCUCAGAAGUCUAUUAUGUAAAUUUAGAGCGAAUCUCUCUCAGGUGCAGAUUCACAUUAACCUAACACAUAGAGACUGAUGUGUAAAGCUAGAGUACUAUUUUAAAAUUUUACAACGAGAAAUGUAAGCUUGGAAUGAGUUAAAUCAGAGCGUUUUCUCCCCAUUUGCAUAUCUGUUUGGAAAGCCAAAUUAUAGUCAGAAAGCAGCGUGGUGUCUACAAAGAUGAAACAAGGAGAGUUAGCAAAACAAACCAAAAUGGCAGAUGGUCAUCAAGCCACUUUGAUAAGCCUCUCCACUUUAACCAUGCAUUGGGAUCCCAUUAUAUCACAUUUAAUUUACUUGAAUUUGACUAUACGUGUCCAGGGCAGGGCCAAAUGUGAUUUUAGUGUUUAAAUAUACUUCUUUUUAGAACAACCAUAGUCCCUAAUUCAAACCAACAACUUCUAGCACUCAACGAAACAAUGAUGUGUUCCAGCACUGGAGGAAAAACUGGCAGCAGUGGGCUUGUGUAUCUGCCUACUGUAUGUUGUAGGGUCUUUACAGAAUUUCCAAGGAUUAUUUUGGCAACACUUGAUGUUUGCCUUGUGAACAUGCCCCUAACAUAGCCUUCCAUGAUCCCCACCUUCUGCUGUUCAGACCCUUUCCCACAUUGCACCAGGGUUGGUCUGUGUGACCCAUAGAAUAUUCAGAAGUGAGAGUAUGUCACUUUUGAGAUUAAGGUAUAAAAGAUCACAUCUUCUGUUUUGGUCCAUUUUUGUGUCGGUCUGUCUGUUUCUUUCUCUUUCCCUCCCUCUCUCUCUCUCUCUCUCUCUCUCCCCUUCUCUCUCAUCACCUGCUCUAUGGGAAACCAGCUGCCCUUUGUGAGCAGCCUUAAGGAGAGGCCCAUGGAGCAAGGAACGGAGAGGCCCAUGGAGCAAGGAACUGAGGCCUUUGAUCAACAGCCACGUGAAUGAGCUUGGAAGCAUCUCCUCUAGGCUCAGGUGUCUGCAGUCCUGCUGAUUCCUUGCCUGCUGCCUUGUGAGGCCCUGAGCCAGAGGACCCAGCUAACCUGUGCCAGAUUCCUGACCCACCGAAACUCAGAUAAUGUUUAUUGGUUUAAGUUGUGAGGUAAUUAACUUUGCAGCAAUAGAUAACUAAUAUACAUGCUGUCUUUUUAUUUUUAAUUAUAUUAUGGAAAUUUCAAACAUAUGCAAAAGUAAAGAGAAUAGUUAUGAGCUCCCAUGAACCAAUCACCCAUAUUCAACCAUUUUUAACUCAUGGCCAAUUAUUUAUACCUCUACCCACUCUCCCUCCCCUCUGGAUUAUACUGAAGCAGAUCCCAGAAUCAUAUACUUUCAUUGGCAAAUGUUUCAAUAUUUAGCUCUAAAAUAUAAGGGCUCUUAAAAAAAGUAACCACAAUACCAAUAUAACAUCUAUGUGAUAUUGUCUAUGGUAGGACAGACUCUUAAUGUCACUGCAUGAUUCCCGCCUUCUUGUGUUCAUGCUCUUGUGUAAUCACCUCCCAUUGAAGGUGACUUCCUUCUAACCAAUGAAUUAGGACGAAGGUGAUGGGUUAUAUGUGAUUACAUGUAUAUGAUCACAAGAUUAUGUUACAUAAGACUGUAGCAUUAAUCUUGCCGGAGUCUCUCUCCCUUGUUGGCUCAGAGGAAGUGAGGUACCAUGUCGGGGAAUUCUAAAAAUCACUUCCAGUAGCCUCUAGAAGCCAAGGGCAGCCUCUUGCCAAGAGCCAGCGCGAAAAGGAGGCCCUCAGUCCUGCAAUAACAAGGAACUAAAUUCUGCCAACAACCCAAGUGAGCUUGGAAGCAGAUCUUUCCCCUCAGUUGAGUGUUUGUGUGAGAUGGAGACCCCAGCCCUGCCUCAUAUCUUGAUUGCAGCCUUGUGAAGGACCCAGCUAAGCCACACCUGGACUCCCGACCCACAGAGACUGUGAAAUAACAACUGUUUUAAGCUGCUAGGUUUAUGGUAAUUGGUAUGCGGCAAAGGAAAACUAUUACAACAUUAAAAAAUUAGAAAUAAUUACUGAAUACUAUUGAGUAUCCAGGUAAUAUUUCUAUUUUCCUGAUUGCCUGAUAAAAUUUUUUAUAGUAUUUUUGUAAGAACUAACUUUAGCCUGCCUUUGAGUGAGAGUCUCUUGUACAUAACCUGCCUCAAAGCACAGCUCAGCCUCUCUCCCAGAUCCAGCCUACCUGGGCCCUGAAUGCUUGCCUCCCUGAGCAGCCUUACCCAGGGCCUCCAUUGCCGGCCAGCCCUGUAUUUUCACUUCGAUCAGCUUAUAGUCAAGCAGUUCUGUUCCACUGAUGUCGUCAGACAUUGCCAAAUACUCCUGAGGUGGGGCAGAGGCAAGAUCCAUCACCCUGGCUGAGAACCUCUACUGUAAGUUGCCCUUAUUUUUCUCUUUUCUGAUUUUAUUAUUAUUUUUUAAUGGUUUAACUCUUAGAGGGUAGAUUAUUUGCCUCUUUCCAAGUUCUUUUUGGGGUGGGAAUCCUUCUUGCUAUCGCUCUUAUGUAUUCUGUAAGUUAGGUGCUCAGCUGGGACCUGUAUUCCCAGGCCAGGGGUCAGAUUUGCUGCUCAACAAUCUGACAUUGUUGGUAAAAAAGCGAUUUUCUGUCUCCUGUACAUCAGAUACUAGAAGUGCUAGAAGCUGGCAGGCUGGAGAGCUGGGGGGACAGACGGCAAAGGAGAUUAGAGAGGGAGCUUACAGACCUCUCAAGGGACCCUAACUGGGGAGACCAGGCUCAUCCUUUCAUGAAAAGAUAAUGAGCACUUGCACUGGUCUGUCAUUAAGCACAGACACUGGUGCAAAGGCAGAGUCAGCAGAGUGUUGAAGGACAAGGCUUAGAAGGACUGGGGCAUGAACAAAGCUUCAGAGGUGAAGGCUCAAGUCAUGUCUGUUUGCGUUUUGUCUAGAGUUUCUAUGUCUUGAAAGUAGUUAGGUUCUAUAGGGGCAGAGAGAAAUAAAAGAAAGUAAUUAUUAAACUAACAACGAAACUGGAGAGAGAAUAUGUAAACACAAACACAGAUAAAUAAUACUGAAAGCUGUUCUAACUGUUGUCUUUUUAAACUAUUAAAAUCUAUAGAAAGGACAUAGGAACCAUGGCAAUUGUGAGUCACUCUCAGUGUAUGAGAAAGGAACUGUGGUUCUCUAAGUGCGGUCCCCGGACAAGCAGUAUCUGCACCACCUGGGAGCUUAUUAGGAAUGCAAAUUUUCAGGCCCCAUCCCAGACCACUGAAUCAGAAGCUCUGGAGAUGGGGACCAGAAAUCUGGUUUUUAACAAGCUCUCCAGGUUAUUCUGGUGUACACUUCAGUUUGAGAACCACUGGUGUUCAGCCGUGUUUUCUUCCUUCCUGAGUGACAAUUGCCUGUGUAGCUCAGUAACUUUUAAAUGUGCAUUGUCUCAAAAUCUCCCUGGCCAUGCCAGUGUACUUGCUGUUUAGUGCAGUUUUGGAGGAGCUGGGUUGUUUUUUUUUUUUUGGUUUUUUGUGGUUUUUUUUUUUUUUUUAAUUCCUUUUUAGCUUCUAGUUCUGUUCAGCAUAGAAAAAUUAGCUGUGCUCAGGUGGGAGCUGUUCAGUAAUGUGUUGGUAAUGUACAGAUUAGUUAAUCAGCCAUGAUUUAUUAAUGAUGAAUUAAUUAUACCUGAUUGUGCAGUUCUGCUAGCUAAAUGGAGCUUUAAAGGAGUUAUUUUAUUAAUCAUCAUGGUGCUAAUUGCAGACACUUACAGAAGGAUCACUAAUUAAACAUGCAACCAUAUGCAGAAAAAGUUGUGGACUGCUGAGACCUGCAAGAAUAAGAAACCCUGAUUUUUAGGGGAGCCAAAACAAAUUUUAUUUUAGGCAGUAUUAGGGAGUUGGCUUGGCAAUGUUAAUCAUUCUUUGCAAAUUAAUAUUGUAAUCUUUUCCCUAUGUCAAAAAGUAUAUAACAGUCCAGUGAGGCUCUAGGUAAAGGGAAGAUUGUUCAAUCCUCUUUUCUCUUUUAUACACAUACAAAUGGUCUUUGCUAAGCAGAGACCAUCGAUUGAUGGGAUGGGCCUUACAGAGGAGAAAGUAAAAACCACAAACCAGUCCUCUAUACUAGAGAGCAUGAGGUGAGUCUGAGGUUGUGAACUCUUAGAGACCAGGAACACCCUGUGUAUUGAAUCACAGUGAAAGGAUUCACAGCCUUGUGCUGUUGGAGCAGAGAAAGAAAUGAGACUGUCCAGUCGAAGGGGAAUCAGGUAAACUCAAGGAUAGCUAAAUAAUAGAACAAUUUUUAGCUCAAGAUAGAUUAAAGCUGUUUCCUGACUUUUUGUUGUUAUGAAUAUUUGUUUGGAGUUAUGCAGCAUCCAAACACCAACCUCCAAGUUUGUCCUAGCACCUUAGUUGGGAAGUUCUCAUUGUGAGUAGUCAAGGAGGUAGUGGCCAACUUCCUCCAGGGAAACCAAAGUGGCCCCUCCCUGCACAUCAUGGGACAGGCAUGCUAUUCAGGCUCAGCCAAAUCAGAAACUAUUUCCUGAAAAUUUGGAUCCUGAGCAAGGAAAGCAGUACUGUAGAGGUGACUAGAGGUCCUGGUCCCUGCAGAGGCCACCCCGUAAGGAUCUGGCCAUUGGAGAAGCUGCUCAGGAUAAUGGCUGUAGGGAUAUUUGGUAAUUUUGGUGCAGUAGGUAAUAUGGUCAAGGGUGUAUAGUAUGAGCGUAUCAUAAAUGUGUGAUGAUGAGAAUGGUGAUGACAGACUUCAAGAUUGUCUUGAUUUUGGGUGAGUCCCCCAUCCUGCACAUUACCUAGCCUAUUCAUUGGAUUAGGAUUGAGCAUGUGAUAUAACUCUGGGUAAUGAGAAAUGAAGGUAGAUUCUCAGUUCAGGAAGCCAAGAGAGGAAAAGAACCUGGAGUGGGGUGAACUAGCAUUUGGCACAUAGGUUUACUUAAUCUCCCAACUUUUGAUAUGUAAUUACUCUCUCAUUGGUGCUUAGUACCUCUGAGUCAAGUGGUCUUCUGUUUUAUAUCCUCCAAAGAAAACAUACCAGUUUCUCUCACAGUGGGGAGAGGGAAUUGCUCAAUGUGUGGAAUUGGGCAUAUAUAUAUUGUGUAUUUUAACAUAUGUAUACAAUAUAUAUCUACCAUAUAGAUCAAGGUACAGAAUAUUUCCAGCACCCCAGAAGGUUCCUUUAUUCCCCUUUUCAGUAAAAGCAAACAGACUAAACAAAACAAAAACCAAAAAACAAACAAAAAACCCAAUUCUCUAUCUUCAAUUCCUAAGAGAAUUACAGCUCUGAGAGAUCUAUCACCAUAAAUUUGUUGUCUAUUCUUGAGCUUUUAUAAAUGGAAUCAUACAGUAUGUACUGUUUGGUAUUUGGCUUCAUUCAUUCAAUGUAAUAUUUUUGAGAUUUAUACCUGUUGUUGAGUUCAUUCUUUUUUGCUAUAUAAUAUUCCAUUAUAUAAUUACACUACAAUUUGUUUAUACCAUCUGUAUUUGAUGAUCAUUUGGGGUUGUUUCUAAUUUGGGGCUAUUUGGGAAAGUGGUGUGAACAUUCUGGUACAUGCCUUUUGGUAGACUUAGACACUCAUUUACCUUGGAUAGUAUACCUAGGAGUAUAGUUGCUGAGUAAUAGGUUUAGCAUCUGUUUUAAUAAAUAUUGCUAAAUCAUUUUCUAAUCUAGUUGAAUGAAUUUACAAUUUACACAUUUACCAGUAAUGUGCGAGAGUUGUACUUCACAUCCUUACUAUCCUUGAGGGUGUCAGUCCUUUAAAUUUUAGCCAUUCUUGGGGAGUGCAUUGUGAUAUCUCAUUGUGGUUUUAAAUUACAUAUCCUGGUGAGAACUGGUGUUGAAUAUUUCUUUACAGGCUUAUUGAAUAUUUUGAGAUCUUUUGUGAAAGUGCCAUUUAAUCUUUUUCCACUUUGUAAUUGGGUUGUUUGUCUUUUUUAUUGAUUUGUGGGGUUCUUGGUAUAUUUUAGAUGUGAAUCCUUUGUCAUAUGUAUGUAUUGUGACCAUCUUUUCCAAAUAUAUGGCAUAUAUUCACUUUCUUAAUGAUAUUUUCAUUGAAAAAAUUUUAAUAAAGCCAAAUUUAUCAAUUUUA